AUGUCUCUUUCAUUCUAUCUUUUUUCUCUGUUUAUUCCCGCACCCCUCUCCCUCUCUCUCUAUUUCUGUCUCUCUCUUUCUGUCUCUCUCUCUCUCUCUCUAUAUAUAUAUAUAUAUUACACGAUUUUACACUUUCUCUUCUCUCCAUAUUUCUUCUUUCUACUUCCCCCUCUCUGUUUUUAUACCUUGCUUAAUUUCGUUUGUUCUAUUUUCUGCUUUCCUCUUUUUCUUUCUUUUUUGUAUCCCUCCCCUUUCUCAUUCCUAGUCGCUUUUUUAUCCAUGUUUUUUUAUUUAUUUAUUUAUUUAUUUAACCCCCCCUCUCUCACUCUCUUUCUCUUUUCCUCUGUUUAUUCUCUCCUCUUUCUUUUUCUUUCUCUCUGCCUAUAUAUAUGGCAAACUAACAGACUUCCACUUUCACUUUCACUUUCUCUCCAGUUUCUUCUUUCUGUUCCUCCUCUCUAUAUUUCUUUCUUGCUUAAAUUCGAUUAUUCUGUUUUCUCCUGUCCUCUUUUUCUUUCUUUUCUUAAAUAUCUUUUUUCCUUCUUCCAUUCACUUCAUUUUAUCAGUCUCUUUUUUCUCUUCUGUUUCUAUCUCUAUCUCUCAAUCAGUAUCUAUCUAUCUAUCUAUCUAUCAUCUAUCUAUCUAUCUAUCUAUCUAUCUAUUUCAGUAUGUUCACUAUCUAUCUAUCUAUCUAUCUAUUCCAUUCUGUUUCCAUUUAUCUAUUUAUGUAUUGAUUUGUCUCUGUUCUUACUUCUUCUUCCUUACUCUGAAUCUAUCUAUCUAUCUAUCUAUCUAUCUAUCUAUCUAUCUAUCUAUGUUCUAGUUUGUUCACAUAGGCACCUAUCCCCGGCGUUAUUGUCUAUUUUGAAUCUUUCCACUUCUUUUUCAUCGAAUUUCUACUAUUCUUUAACUUCUUCUCUUCGUCUGUUCCCAUCUAUCUAUCUAUCUAUCUAUCUAUCUAUCUAUGAUCUUUUUUCUAUCUUUCUCUCUGUUUUUAUUUCUUUCUAUUUUUCUUUCUUUUGUUUAUUAUAUUUUCCACUCGUUUUAUUCCCGCCUUUUUUAUACAAAGAAAUGUCUUCCAUUUUCUAA